AUGGCAACUUCACUAUCGUGUUGCUCUCGUCCUUUCCCAAGUCUGCAAGAUCAUUGGAAAGAGACGAUGCUGCAUGAUAGCAGCUGCUUAACGUUAGUUGCACUCAUCAUAUUGUCAAAUGAUAUGGAACAGGCGUUGGGCAGCUCUGCAACGGUUUCCUUACCUAUACUCCGCUUCUUUCUUGCUCUGUUUAUGGUGCUGAAGGCAUCAGUACAGACGUUGAUGGAUCCGGAGGUUGAGGGUUUGGACGAGUUGGAGAAAUGUAUACUUAUGUUCAAGAGCCAGAGUGUACAUGCGAAUUGCGGCUGUCUGGACGACCUCCGAGAGACGCAUAACUGUGCCGACGUUCCGGAUCUUCCUGCUUGCUAG